CUCACUCUCUCCUCGACGUCCUCCUCGUCCUCCUCGCCAUCCACCCGCUUUCUGCCCGCUUUUGGACGGCGUAGUCACUCUCAUUUGUUCAAACCCACUCGUUUAUAUCAACACGGUCAUUUCCGCCGCUUCCAACGCGUUUUUACACCCCACAACACAUAAACAAUGGCUCGCCUUUCUCUUCUCAUCUCCCUCAUCUCCCUUGCCCUCCUUGUCUCGGCUUCAGGCCAAGAAGCCAUGGCUCGCAGUGCCCACAAGAAGCGCGGCAACUGCACGCCCAAGUCUGCUGCGGCCUCUUCCAGCUCUACCAGUGAUUCGACCCAGCCUACCAGCAGCACCGACGAUAGCCAGCCUUCAAGCACAUCCGUUGCACCUGCACCUGUGUCUACUCCCCAGGGUCCCGCCUCUUCGGGCGGCGAAAAGUGUGGUCUUGGCUGGCCUAACGGUGACGAUGGAACCAUUCUGACUGACCACGGGAACUGCCUGUACUAUCACACCUGGUCGGUUUGGCCGGUCAACAGCGGUGGCAAGAUGUCCUUCGCCCCCAUUUUCUGGGGUCCGGACAAGGCCGACGAAUGGUCCGCGAACAUCCUCAACGCUGGCGCCAAUGUUGCUCUCUUCUUCAACGAGCCCAAUGAGUCCGGCCAGUCUAACAUCGACCCCAACAGCGCUGUCCCCUACUGGCGUAACAACAUGCAGUGGCUGAAGGACCAGCACGGUUACCGCCUCGGUUCUGCUGCCACCUCGUCAAACCCCAAUGGCAUGGACUGGACCAACACUUUCAUGUCAGCUUGCCCAGACUGCACAAUCGACUUCAUGUGCCUGCAUUAUUACGGUACUGACGCUGGUGACUUCCAGACCUACGUCAACCUCUGGCACACCACCUUCAACCGGAACAUCUGGGUCACCGAGUUCGCUUGCCAGAACUUCAAUGGCGGGCCCCAGUGCGACGACGUCCCCGGCUUCAUGUCACAGACCGUUAGCUGGCUCGAUUCGCAAGACUUCGUUGAGUACCACUUCUGGUUCGGCAUGAUGCGCGAUAUGCAGGGUGUGAACCCCGCGGAUGGCCUGAUGAACCAGGAUGGGUCCCUGUCGGCGCUCGGCGACCAGUACGUCUUCAGCUAGACGCGUCACACGCGCUGAGCACGCACAAUCCGCUCAAUAUACCCGAACGACUACUCCCCUUCGUUCUCCCUUCAUCAUCCAGCCUGGCAUUCCCCCCUUCCCCCCUCAAUUUGGAAAUUUCACACUGUUCGUGUACCGGCCGUGCCGGUUACCCGUUUUGCACCUAAAGCACAAUCGUAACUUCCGUUGGAUUGGUUAGAAUUCUUGCAUGUUGGAGAGUCCGAGACCGUACCAGGACUGGGGGAAGGAGCGGUCCUUGAUCGGAUCGCGUUCAUCUUUGUCUUGUCCUGUCCACUCAUCUCGUAUUACCCACUUUUACGACUACACAAUACAUCACACUGCCGGUGCUAGCAACCGAGCAGGCAUUGCAUUGUCUUGACCUGCACUGCUGCACAUACCCUACUGCCUGUUUUUGAUGCACAACACUGUUAUCACAUUUC